CCCCACCUAAUAACAACCUGCAGAUACAUACAAAAUCAUAAAACUUUCUUCAUAAAUUAAUUAAACAUGAUAGGUUGGGAAGAUAUAUACAAGGUGUUGGUGGCCAUGAUGCCACUCUAUGUAGCACUUAUUUUAGGCUAUGGUUCGGUGAAAUGGUGGCACAUGUUCAAGCCAGAACAAUGUGAUACAAUCAAUAGAUUCAAUUGCUUCUUCAUCCUCCCAUUUUUCAAUUUUCAAUUCAUAGCUAACAUCGAUCCUUACAACCUCAACUACCUCUUUUUAACCGGAGACCUAAUUGCUAAAGCCUUAGUGAUCCUGAUCCUCGCCUUAUGGGCUAACUUUUACAAAAUGGGGAGCUUUUCUUGGUCCAUAACAACUUUUUCUUUGUCCACGUUGAAUAACACACUUGUUGUUGGUGUCCCAUUGAUGAAGGCCAUGUAUGGGGAUUUAGGGGUUGAUCUUGUUGUUCAAGCUGCUGUGAUUCAAGCUUUGUUAUGGCUUACUUCUUUGUUGUUUGCACUUGAGUUUUGGAAAACAAAGAUGAAUAAUAAUGGUGAUGAUGUAAUUGAUAAUUCUGUGGAAUUGGGGAGUGUAAGUGACUUGGAAGAAAAUACUACUGCCCAAAUAAGGAAUAAUAAUAAUAAUGCUGUGCUGGCGUUUUGGCCCUUGAUUAAAGCUGUUUCUAUUAAACUUGCUAAGAAUCCCAAUUCUUAUGCUUGUUUUCUUGGUCUCUUUUGGGCUCUUUUAGCUAGCAGGUGGAAAUUUGAAAUGCCAAGCAUAAUAGAGGGAUCUAUCUUGAUAAUGUCAAAGGCUGGUAGUGGUGUCGCAAUGUUUAGUAUGGGAUUAUUCAUGGCUUUGCAAGGGAAAAUAAUUGCAUGUGGAGCUGCAUUGACAAUUUAUGCUAUGAUUUUGAGGUUUGUUGUUGGACCAGCAACAAUGGCACUCGGCUGUGUUGUUUUGGGCUUGCAUGGAAAUGUUUUGCGCAUUGCUAUCCUCCAGGCUGCAUUGCCUCAAGCUGUGACUUCCUUCGUUUAUGCCCAAGAAUAUGGACUACAUGCAGACGUACUCAGCACUGCGGUCAUUGUUGGCACAAUCAUUUCCUUACCGCUGUUGAUAGCAUAUUAUGCCGUUUUGGAUAUCAUGCAUUAAGAUCGAUCUCCUCGAGCAGGCUAUUAUCAUUGAUUAUUUCAUAGGAAUGCUAUUAGUUAGUGGGUAGAACUUUGCCUGUAAUUGUUUAUUUGUAACAAUUUUUUUUAUCCAUUUAUAAUUUCAGUACUCCUUCAGAAUCUAAAGCAAAAAAGAAUGUAAAAAGACAUGUGUUGGUAGUUGGGAGUGUGCCAUGGAGUUGGUGGUGAUCAGAGGGGAUGAGAAAUUCUAAUACUGAGUUAAUCUGAAUUUAGUACUUCUGAUAGCACUUGUGUUCUAGUAACUUAGGUUCAAGUGUUGAUGGUAGCAUUCCAUGAUUAUUUC